GUUCUCUUGACUGUCUUCAUUACCCAUCUUCCCCUCUCUGACCCCCAUUGCCAACUGACACUCGUGGCCGAGGCGUGCCAAUUUGACAUGCUGCAUGAUCCCCUGGCAAAAGUGAAUCCUAAUGAGGAGCUUCGUCAGCUUAUGAUGCUUAUUCGAGCGGCAUGCUUUCGACCCAUCCAUCCUUACACGCCCAACCGACCCAGACGGUCUCGCUACGGAAUGGGAGAGGCUGGAUCGUCAUAGUUCUGUCUCGUUAAGUCCUGGGACUGGAAACGAUACGAGCCUAUCAGGUCUUCUCUCCAAAGGACUCAAGCGAGGUCAAACAGCAUGCCGUCGGCAGGCCGCGGCCGGGAUGCCAGCCAAUGGUUCUCUAGGCGUCAGCAAAACGGCCCAACCCUGCAAACUGCAACGGGAGCCAAGGCAAACCCGCAGUUCUUCGAGGCAUUUCCACGGCCAUUUUUCUGCAGCGCUCAGCUAUCGAUGGGCGCACAUAGAUCCGCCGUCCGACCAUGCAAGGUCGCAACAUGCCGCCAACGGGGCUUUGGACGGUGCCACACGAGGGUGGGCGACUGACCGGCUGUCUAUCUACACCAGAGGUCCGGCGGAAGAGCCCAUCACCCUGCAAGGCCGCCCGUUCGGCCAGGGUCCACCCAUUGGCGAUGUCCCCCGUCACACAGCUGACUGCGGCGUUGACCCUUGUUCCUGUUCGUCCUGAUAGCUGCCCACGUUGCAUGUCGACAUUGGCAAAGGCGGUGCCCCGCGGGGUGGGAUGGGAGAGCGAUGGGCAGGGGAGGAGGGGGGCGAUAUAAGUAAGGUGAGAAGAAUCGACAGCAGCCUUCACCAUGGCCGAGUGGUUCUUCUUGUGCCGCCGCUGCUCUCGACUUCACUUACACACCCUGACGAAUCCGCCGUCCGAAAAAACUAGCUCCAUCAUGGCGAGCUGCCAGGUACAGGGCGAACCCGAGCUCUACGGGCUGGGCAUCCGAGUCGCCUUCUAUAUUCAGUGGUUCGGCGCCAUCGUCGUGGAAUACCUCGAGGCCGCUGACCUGCCCGACAUGCGCCUCGUCGGCCUCCUGUUCUCGGGCGCCGCCUUCAUCGGCCUCGUCAUCCGGCUGUCCGUGGCCGCGCUGCAGCCCGCCGACAUCUAUAUUGUCCUUCUCCUGGCCAUGGGCAUCUACCUUCCCCUCGUCCCGCUAUACGCGUGGAAGGCGGUGACCGGCUUCAACCCCUACUGGGACCCGUUCCGGUGGUCGAACGAGCCGAGCCGUGCCUUCAGGGGGCUCGACUUCACCCUGCUCCUGGCGACAACCUCGCUGGCCAUCUGGUACUGGUGCUCUUUCGUACCGGAGAACCCUUGCUCGUCGGGCCAGUACGGCUUUCUCUUUAGCCGCGUGAGCUUGGGGAACAAGGGCUUCAUCGCCUCCAGCGCCAUCAUGUACUUCGUCAUCCUGCUUGUCUGCUUGCUCGUCCUCCUGCUCAUGGUCGGUUGGAGAGUGCCCUUUUGGCGCGAGAGACGGAAGAAGCGUCGGGUCAAGAAAUCGCACGUCAUGGUGGUAAAGGAGCUCAGGACGCUGAGCAACAUCGCCGUCGCCGCGACCCUGACGGCCGCUGUCGAGCUCACCGUCUCGUGGAACGACAUCACAAGCGCGAACUACGUGUCCGACGUCGCCCAGGUACUCCCGCUCCUCUUCAGCGUAGGUUUCCUGGUGCGGGUCUUAUUCCUACAUUUCGCGGGCGUGGACGGGGAGCCGGAGUCGUCUGAGGAGGACAGCGACGAGGGGUCCCGUAGCUACACGACGGAGUCGCCGGGCGGAUUGCCUCCGGCGCCGCCGCCCGCCCAUGCGCGGCGGUAGAAAAUGGGUGGCUUUCGAGAGGUAUUGUCUUGCGGCUGAGGGCGUAUAGAUUCACGGCAGGUUAUGAUGCUUGAUCAAUAAGAUUGUUUUACUAUGAACGAAAUUACGACAAGUGUAGAACGCGGAGCCACCGAGGCCUGUCAUCGAU